AUGUCAAAUAAUUCAUCACCGAGUACACCGGUAUACGGAGGAGAGGAGUAUAAUCGACGUCUGGCCGAAAUACAUAGCCAGUCUCCAGUCUCCAGUCCCCAGUCUCCAGUUCUCAUCAACAUGCAUGAGCAUGACUUUUUCGUAUUUGGUGAAAUGACUCAAUCCGGAGAUAGUGGUUACUUGACUAACGAGAGCACGCAAGUUGAAAAUAAUCAUUUUCAUAGGGCAUUUUCGCCUCUUAAUCCCCCUGCAACACCAUCACCACCUCGAGUAUCACCGGUUCAGCCUGUCUUGUUGGAAGAAGCUUCGCCAGACAUGUUUCCGCCAACAACACCGGUUCAGCCUGUCUUCUUGGAAGAAGCUUCACCAGACAUGUUUCCGCCGACAACACCGAUAGCACACGUACUGAGGGUGAGAAACGACCUUUUUCCAGACUUAGAUUCCCAGUCCUCAGUUUCACAUAGCACGGUAGAAAUUCCUCGGGUCAUGUUAGCCCCCGAAUAUAACAUGCUAUUUGAAGGGGAAAUUAUGAAUACGUCGCGUCAUUCUGGAGAGCAAACAGCAGAAAUGGAUUGGAGUGAAGACGGAAAUAACGAGGAGUUGAUCAGUCAUAUGGAGGCAUAUGAAGAUGAUGAAGAACUUAACCGGCACAUGGAUGAAUAUGAAGGUUUUUGA